UCUCCGCGGUCUGAACCAGCGAGUGUGCGUGCGUUUGUGGCUGCCAAACGCGGCCAGUUUGGCCAGCAGCUAGGCAAGCUAUUAAUUUUCCAGCCGAUCUUUAGUAUCAAAUCGCGCGCCAUCGUGUGUUUGUACAUCGUGUAUCCCAAGUUUUAGGUGGGAACAGUGUAUGGUAAGUUAGCACAGCGGGACCAGGACCAGUACCAGCAAGCAGUAGCCGGGACACCGACCGGCACGGGGCCGGGCCAUGGAGGAACGGAAACCGUUUUUCGAGGCCAAGCACUGCCUCUCGCUGAAAUGUGUCCUUUUUCUGUUCUACGGAGGUUUGGGAUGCAUCUAUCCCUUCCUGCAGUCCAACAUGGCGAAGAAAGGGUUCGCCUACGAUGAGAUCUAUUCGAUCUCGGUGAUCAUACCGCUAGCCGCACUCCUGGGUCCACUGGUGUUUGCCCUGCUGGCGGACAAGUGGGCCACCGGAAACGCGUUCGCCUACGGCAAACGGCUGCGCAUCCUGACGGCCGUCACCCUCAUCGCGUCGAUCGUGCUGUACGUGCUGCUAAUGUUCGCCGUGGCCCGGACGCCACCGCCGGAAGUGUGCCAGCCGCAGGCGAGCUUCCUGUGCAACCGGAAGGGGGCCUUCAUUGUGCAGGAAAAGUGCUCCGAUGGUGGCGUGUGCCACGAUUGGGAGGCGGAGAAGAGCGGAUUGCUGACGCUGGAGAACUGCACGUACCGAUGUCAGAGUGAGGCGCAGUUUGAGAGCAACUGUUACGCCCGGCAGGCCAAGUCGGCCCAGCUAGCGGCCUGGAUUCGGGAGAAGGAAGAGGACCAGGACGAUGGCACGGUGCUGGACCUGGGCAGUGGCCAGGGAACGGUGGGCCGUGACUCGGACGGCGAUGGGAUCCCCGACGUGAAUGAUCCGGAGUCGAGUAAUGAUCUCGACGGGGACGGCAUUCCGAAUGAUCAGGACCCGGACGAUGAUAAUGAUGGGUUGCCGGAUGACGUGGACAAUGAUGAUGAUAACGAUGGUAUUCCAGACGAUCAGGAUGUGGACGAUGAUAAUGAUGGGAUUCCGGAUACGUUGGAAGGCAAAGCGCGAUCGAACGAUCUUGACGGGCCGGAUACGUUAGAAGGCAAAGCGCGAUCGAACGAUCUUGACGGGGACGGUAUUCCGGAUGCGGAAGAUGAUGAUGAUGAUAAUGAUGGUAUACCGGAUGCGGACGAUGAUGAUGACGAUAACGACGGCGUACCGGACAGCCAGGAGACGGUGCUGGUGCCAACCGCAAUCGUGUGCGUCGACGGAGACGAGGAGGACGAGCUUUGCCACACGUACAGCGAGGGCGCGAUCCAGCUGAAGGCCAAAUUCGAUGGGCACGGCGAGAAGGACGAGGGCACCGAGUGCAGCUAUCCAUUAGACGGAUUCCGGUGCCCGUUGGACAAGGCUUGGGUUAAGGAACAGCCUGCCGGCUGCAAGCCCGUCGUCCAGUGUGACAUAGUCGAGCCGUACGAGGACGCUGAGAGCCUUCUGCAUGGAACCCUUUGCGAUGGAGACGAGGACAACGAUGGCGAUGAUGACGAGGGCGACGGAACGUUUUACUAUUACCUGUCGGUCCGCUCGCUGUUGGACUUUUUCCUGCUGGCCGCGCUAACGCUGCUCAACACGAUCAUCGUGGUGGCAACCCGUGACCCCGCGAGCGGAGUGGCCGACUUUGGGCGCCAGCUGGUGUGGGGUGCCGUGGGUUGGAUCAUCUUCUUCAACGAUGACUUCGAGCAACCGUACAUGGUGUUUGUGUUUCUGUACACCACGGCCGCCGUCAUACUGCUCAGCCCGCUCAAGAUGGACCUGUCGCCGGCCGAGGAUUGGUGGCAGUUCCGGACGGUGCCACAAAAGUUCCUGUCCAUGCCGCCCCUGCGGAAGUACUUCCAGCGCUGCUGGCUGCCGUUCCUCGUGGCGAUCGGUUUGGGCUCGCUGUGGAGUGUGAUCGAUUCGAUCGACGAGUCGCACAUCGUUGACCUGCCUGAGGACGAGGGCACCCCGAAGCAAUCGACUCUGUUUCGCACGUUUAUCCGCACGGUUCUGCUCGCUGGCGACCUGCUGGCCAUUCCGGUGCUCGUCUACUCGCGGCGCAUCAUCGAUGCGUUCGGCGCGUGCAAGAUCCUGGUGGCCGCGUUCCUGUCGCUCGUGGUGCGCUUCAUUCUGCUGGCCAUCCUCGACUACUCGCUGUGGGAUGUGGUGGAGGACUGGCUGCUACCGACCACGCUCGGGCUCACCUGGAUCACGCUGGUGCUGCACUUCCGCGAUCUGCUCCCGCGCAAGGUGUCCGCCCUGGCCCAGGCGCUCCCGGUGAUAGCGCACUUCGGCUUCGGGCGCUUCUUUGGCGCCCUGAUCGGCAUCGAGCACCACUUCGAGCGGCUGGAGAAUGACUACGAGGUGCUGGCCGGUGUCCUGUUCGGGGUCACCAUCAUCAGCAUCGUGUUGUACCGCUACCGGGAGAUCGUCCUCACGCACGUCGGCAAGUGCAUCCCGGCCCUGAAACCCGCCGAUGCCAACGGGUGCCCCGGCAAGGCGAAAGGGGAAACGAAUGUCUAGAAACCGAGCGGAAUAUGUGUGCCGAUUAGCUGCGGGCUGUUGGCUUCCGAUGGAAUCGAGCAUUUUGGCACCGCCGUGGGAACCGUUGGCCGUUGGCGACGAACCCGUACUUUGUGGGACAAAGUGCCCAGGCACCACGUGAGAGAGCAAGAUCGUGAGAAAGAAAGAGAGAGAGAGAGAGUUACCAAGUGUUGCUUUAGUUGCCGAGAGUUGUAAUAAAUAGUUUAACCACUGUGAA